AUGCCGGUAGAACCUCGAUUUAUACACACUUCAUAUUGCAAGAAAACUACCGAAUCUUCUUUAUCUCCGGAGUUAGAAGCGGUAUUCAGUCGAAUUAGAAAGCAGCAAUCAGCUUAUAUGGACCGGUCAGAAGAGUAUCCUUCAGGCGAUGACUUUGAAUGCAAGAAACAAUUUACUAAGCAUGAUAACGGGCUUUCAUAUCGCAAGGAACUUGUUGACGUUCACCGUUCAACAGAAUUCAUUGAUCACUCCAACUUUUCUAGGAUGCAACAGCUCCGUUUUCAAGAGCCAUUUUCUGAAGUCCCAGAUGAGUGGCUUUGGAAGCAUAGGGCAUUGAGACGCGUUGCUUCUGCCGUUUCUCCAGGCAGAAAGCAAAGCUAUCAAAUCAAAUAG